GCAGACUAGAUGGCCCAAAAAAGUGUAAACAAAUCAAUAUUUGUUUUGGUAUUGGUAUUAAUAAAAUAUUCAUAUCAAAACUAGUUAAUUUAUUAAUUCUUAUAAUAAUAAUAUAGAUGCCGACAGACAUGACCACUCUACCCCCUGGGUGGGAAGCAAAAAUUGAUAAAAAAUCAGGAAAAACGUAUUAUAUCAAUCAUCAAGAUAAAACUACCACUUGGGAUCAUCCCUGUAAGACAUUCCCGAAGAAAUGGACAAGUAAUACUAAUGGAUACCCUAAAAAUACAGGAACCGAAUAUAUCGGUUUGCAGGAUUUUAGUCCAAGAAAUAGAGGAAGUCCUCUUACCGUCAGGCCAAAAACCCAAGAAUCCCCUUUGUCGUCCAAUUCUGUCAAUACAGAUGAGGCUGUAUCGAAGAUUGCUGCUAUGUUUCCAACCGUAUCAGAAGCACACAUUCGACUUCUGAUGAAAAAGUUUCACAAUCGGGAGGUACUUGUCAUAAGUGCAUUGCAGGUGGAAAAAAAUCCAGUAACAACACCAGGCCCGUUCGCAACGCCGCCGCCCCAGCGUAACAUCUUUCAAAAUUUGGGCCACGCCCCUUCUAGCAUGACUCCGCCUUUAGGCGUGUACAGGGCUCAUGCUAAGGGAGGCAUGAACCAUGCAUCUGGUACUAACAGUUAUACGAAUUCGCCUAGAAUAGGGGACUAUUGCAGGAGUACCUCAAGGCCGCAUUCUUCUCCUAAGCUCAAGCUAAGGUAUAUGAAGUCUAUUUUCCCCAAAGCAGAGGAGACGCUGAUCUUGGAAAUUCUGUCGAAUCACGAUAAUAACAUACAAAAAUCAUCUGAGAAAUUGCGCGAGAUGGGCUUCGAAAAAAAAGACAGUUUGAAAAUAAGCCAACAGAAAUACGAGAUGCAAAUAAAAUCGGAGGAAGACAAAGAAGAAGAUCCCAAAUCGCCAUCGCCAAUUCCAAAAGUGUUGACAACGCAGGAAAAAGAAACAGUUAAAUCUGAUGUUCAAAAGGAGCACCAAGACAUUCCCGAACAACUAAUACAGAUCGCUUUGGAAAGUGUUGAUUUCGAUAGGGAAAAGGCGAGGAAUCUGUUGAAGGGUAUCACGUUGAUGGAAUCUAAAACAGAAGAGGGGAAAAUUGUUGAAUGUUCUGAGGUUGAUAAUGAGGCUGUUGGGAAGAAUGAUGAAAACCUGUUACCAGUUUCGAUGAGCCGACAGUCUUUGAAAAGUUUGUUGAAAUCGGAAAGGGUGGAGAAAGAAAAAGUUAAAAUAUCUCGUGGUAACGAUUCGGGAUAUAAAUCGAAUAAUCUUUCAAGUGUGGUGGGACCAAAUCCAGCUCUUGCCAAAGGGAAUAAGGAAAAUUUACUUCUAGAGGAUUAUGUGAAAUGGCUCGGUCCAGAUCGGACCAUCUGCAAGGGUGCCAACCCCGGCUUGGCUAAAGGCCCGAGCGCCUCGAAUAAAAUAGACAAGAGAGUUGGAGCGAGCGGACCAAAUUCCGACAAUCGGAAAGGACCAAACAAGAGUCUAGUUAAAGGUAGUAUAUUCAGUCAAAUGAAAGCAACAGCUGGGGUCGCGGGAGAGUCACGAGGAAAAUAGUAUUUUUUUGAUUAUUUUUUCAUUAUUUGUUCGUCUGCUUUGUGCUUGAAAAAAGAACAAGCCUAUUGAAAUGUGCAAUCAAUGUAUAAAUGUUUCUUUGUUGAUUCGUGUCGAAAAAUAUUUGUUUUAUGGAUGUUUCCGUAUUUUUGGUGCGAUAAAAUCGAAUUUUGUAUUAUUAUUCUUUUGAGUAUAUGAAAGUUGGUUACAUUCCGUUCAGAAUUUCUUUCCAGCAAUGUUAUUUAUCAUAACUUUAAUGGUUCGUUGUUUGUUUCUGUUAUAAAUUUUUAUUGCACGAUUUUGAAUUUUUAUUGUUGAUAGUUGUCGUUAUUUCAUUAUUCCAAUUCUUCUUGUAGUCUUAGACAUGCUGGUGAACUCCCAGUCAUUUUGUGUACCUGUCAGUAGAAGUUCAAAUUUUGUGCAGUUGCAUAUUACACAUCUUCUUGAAAAAAGCAAAUAAUGAGAAUGGGGAAUUCUCCUCAAUGUGGGUUAUCACUGCAUAUGCAAGU